AUGUGCCGGGUGCAUUUCCCUGAUAUUUUGUUCCUGAUGGAGACAAAAAACAAGUUGGAAGUUCUGGCAGAGUUACAUGUUGCACUAGGAUACAAAUGGUUUCGCACAAUUGAACCUGAUGGUCUUAGUGGUGGUCUUGCUAUCUUUUGGAAGGAAAAUUUGGAUGUUGUAGUCCUUCUAGAAGAUAAAAAUGUUCUGGAUAUGAAGAUUACAAGUGGUGGUCGGGUUUGGUUUCUCUCAUGCAUAUAUGGGAAUCCGAAUCCAAAGUUUCGAGCUGAAGUUUGGGAACGAGUGACUAGAUUUGGCUCUAGUCGGAAGGACGCUUGGUGUAUGAUAGGUGAUUUCAAUGAGAUUUUAUCUAAUGACGAGAAGAUUGGUGGUAAAGUGAGGCAUUUGUCUAGUUUUAGACAGUUUCAGACUUUUCUGCAAAACUGUGACAUGAAGGAGCUGGGGAGCACAGGGAAUAAGUUUACGUGGAGAGGAGUUAGAAACAAGCAAACCAUCAAAUGUUGCUUGGAUCGAUGUGUUGCUAACCCGUCGUGGUUAUCGAUGUUCCCCAGUGGACAUCAAUGGUUCCUUUAG